GUCAUCUCAAACGGCCUCAGCAACGGAGCUGCAUUUUCGACACCGCCGGCCAACGUUUUGUCUUAUGUGAACCCAGCAGUAAUUAGUAGUAAUAACUGGCUUUGAUAAGAAACUACUUUGAUUAAAUAGACAAAGAAAAACAAGUAAACACUUCGACAGGGAGUUUUUCCAGAGACCAUAGAGAAAGAAUCUAGAGGAGAGGGGGGAAGGAGAAAAAAACGUGAAGGGUUGGAGCAGUUGAGGGCUUCAGAUGAGCCCCAGUGGUACCCCGCCAAGUCACGUCGUCGUGGUAGAGCCGGCCCGUGCCAAGCUGGGCUGUACCCUGACCAGCUGUUUGUGUGGUCACUCAGAGGUAAACAACAGUCGGAACAACCACAAAAACAGACUCUCUGGGAGGCUGAACAGGAUGCUGACUAUAGCAUUUAGAAGGUGGACCAGUAAAACAAAGAAGUCAAAAGAGCAAGCACGACAGCCAAUAGGAGGGAGUGACAGCUCAUCAUGUGACACGUCAUCGACCAAUGGGCAUCAGCAGCGGCAACACAUCAAAUCACCGGCCAGUCGGACCGUGUCGACGGGCACGACCACAAACUGCAAGAGGGGUUCCACUCCUCCAUCAUCCUCCCCAUCUCAGCCGCUGUCUUCGUCGUUACCGUCGACCAGUUCGGACUAUUUGCAGAAGCGGCCCUCCGAGGUAUCGUCCAGCCCAAAAGACAUGAAUCCGGCACAGCAGCAAGCGGAAACAACGACGUCGACGACGACGGCCCCCAAAAAGAAGCAGAGGGCGGACUUUAAGUUCGGCAAGAUUUUGGGAGAGGGCUCAUACUCCGAGGUCGUCCUUGCCACUGAAAUCGCCACGGGCAACCAGUAUGCAAUCAAAGUCUUGGUGAAGCGGCAUAUAUUUCGGGAGAAGAAAGAGAAGUACGUAAUGCGAGAGAGAGAAGUCCUGAGCAAACUGGACCAUCCGUUCUUUGUCAAGUUGUAUUUUACAUUUCAAGAUAAAGACAAGCUCUAUUUCGGUCUGAGCCUCGCUAAGAAAGGAGAGCUUCUACCCUACAUACAGAAGCUCGGCUCGUUUGAUGAAAACGCAACAAGGUUUUACGCUGCUGAGGUUGUACUAGCCCUGGAGUAUCUACACAAUAUGGGCAUUAUACAUAGAGAUUUGAAACCAGAAAACAUCCUGUUGAAUGAGGAUAUGCAUAUACAGAUAACGGACUUUGGAACGGUCAAGAUCCUUGAUGAAAAUGCAAAGGAAGUCCGGGCAAAUUCCUUUGUUGGUACAGCUCAGUAUGUGUCACCGGAAUUACUAACAGAGAAAUCGGCAAUGAAAAGUUCUGACCUGUGGGCUCUCGGAUGUCUUAUAUAUCAACUUCUAGCUGGAUUGCCACCCUUCAGAGCAAGUAACGAGUACAUGAUAUUCCAGAAGAUCAUCAAGCUAGAGUACGAAUUCCCUGAAGGAUUCCCAGAAAGAGCUAAGGACCUUGUCUCAAGACUACUGGUGUUAGACCCAUUAAAGAGAAUAGGAUGCGAGGAUUGCGGAGGCUUUCCUGAGUUGAAGGCACAUCCAUUCUUUGAAGGAACCAAAUGGGAUAACAUUUGCAAUGAGACGCCUCCUGCCCUCAAACCCUGCAUGGUGGUCGAUGGUGAAGAGAUACACAGCGAUUUCUAUAUUGACGAAUUCGAUCUGACGCCCCUCAACAAGUUCCUGAGCAAGAUCCAACCGGAGGAGAACAACAGGCAACGGGACCUGAACAAGCCCAAAUACGUCAUUCAAUUCACCAAGGAGGAACGGGCAGCCAGGCUGGAGAAGCAACGAAGGGAGAACAAGUGGCACCGGUUUGUAGAGGGUAACCUGGUACUCAAGAUGGGAUUGAUCGACAAGAGGAGGGGUCUGUUUGCAAGGAGGCGGCAGUUUCUACUAACAGAAGGACCUCAUUUGUACUACAUUGAUCCAGAGAACAUGGUCCUUAAAGGAGAGAUACCUUGGUCACAACAUAUGCGAGUAGAGGUCAAAACUUUCAAGACAUUCUUCGUUCAUACACCAAACAGACUAUACUAUUUGAUCGACCCGGAUGGCCACGCCCUGGAAUGGUGUAGCGCUAUUGAGGAGAUGUACAGGCAUACAUUCGAGACCAAUCAGAAGCAAGAAUAAGAAAACCAUGACCCCCCAUACCCUACUGGGUGGAUUGGUGGCAAGAAGGGGUUAGGGCGACCAGCAACAAAGCUUACAGUAGAAAAAAAACCUUGCAGGACAUAAAAUCUCUCUGAUGUCAUUGACUGUCGUAGAUGUAUGUGUGUGUGAGCAAGCAGAAUCUGUACCCCUCCUGUGUAUGCUGUUGGGUCUAGGCUAAGCAGAGGUCGCCAUAAUCAUAGUUAUAAAAGUAAUAAGAAGUAAAUAUUAUCCAAAUCAUUCUCAAGUGUUUUUGUUUGUUUUUGAGGUGAGAUCUGAUUUUGUGCGGAUUCAGCGCUCGAAUCCUCCAGGAGUGCGUUUUCACGAUCGUAGCCUGUAACUGUUUUGGUUGAAUUGACCACUGGCUAAUCACUGCACAAUGGCAGAAACGGUUCUCUUGGUUACGACCAGCACGUGAGAGAUUUUUAUUGUCGGCAAAACAUUUGUGCUCUACUGUGUGAGUACUUUGCAUCCCAUGUGAGGACAUUGUUUGAGUGUCCACAUCUUGGACAGGUCUUGCUGUAACAGCCAAAAGAGAUAAAAAUUGCUGUACUGCAGUAACAAUAAACCGGUCCUAUGUAUGCUAUUUAAAUUUAUGCAUGCAUACAGACACUAUUGGUUGGCAAAGACUAUAGAGAUGUGCACUUGACAGACGCACAAUGGUGUCUGCGUCACGCAGCCCUUAGUCGCAUACAAAACAGCAGGUUGUUCCCUCAUUUUGCCAACCAAAAUGUUAGUGCGCACCUGCUUUGUGCAAUUUACUAGGUAGGGUGUUAUUGCAACCGUCUUACUGAGUGUGUUGUACGUCACACCAUAAGGUUUAUCGCGAUUCAGAACAGCAUGCGUUGUGGGAAGGCAUAUGGGGCAGUUUGCUAUGCGAUUUACGUUGUCAUGCAUGACUCGCACACGCAUAGUCUAUACAUUUGUGUGGGUUCAACAGCGCCCUCUCUUGAUUUUUUGCUUUUCGCGAUAAACCUUAUGAAAGGAUCUCAAGGCUGUAACCACUGUGGUUUCACUCUCAGAAACAGAAAGAUGUUUUGCAAGAGUUCUGCAGUCACGAACAUACUAUAAUUGUUGGACUAUGUACGUAAAUUUAUACCUGUAUUAAAUCCUACCAAAAUUGGAAUAAUUUUAAACAGCAGCACUUGGGGGAGUGUCAUGCUAACCUACAGGGCUUGCACGUAGAGAUAAAAGCAACUUGUUUUCAAGGUGUCUUUCUGUGACAGAAAUUUGUUUGUUUUCUACAUUCCUGCUUGUAGAGUCGAAGAACUGAACUCGGUUCUAUGAACAUCAAAGAACUGAACUCAGUUCUCUGAACAACUGAAUUCAGUUUUAUGAACAUCAAAGAACUGGACCCAGGUCUAUGAACAUCAAAGAACUGAAUCAGUUCUCUGAACAACUGAACUCAGUUCUAUAAACAUCAAAGAACUGGACCCAGUUUUAUGAACAUCAAAGAACUGGACCCAGUUCUAUGAACAACUGAACUCAGUUCUAUUAACAACUGAACGCAGUUCUAUGAACAUCAAAGAACUGAACUCAGUUCUAUGAACAACUAAACUCAGUUCUAUGAACAUCAAAGAACUGAACUCAGUUCUAUGAACAUCAAAGAACUGGACCCAGUUCUAUGAACAUCUAAGAACUGAACUCAGUUCUAUGAACAACUAAACUCAGUUCUAUGAACAUCAAAGAACUGAACUCAGUUCUAUGAACAUCAUUCUGUUGUCUGGGAUAGUAAGUUGGCAAGGAUCUUGUUCACUUCCCAGUCAUGCCAGUAGGGUGUAAUGUAUGCAUGUUGUUUUAACAAACAUUUCUGAAAGAAAAGUCUUAGUAUCAUCUCCCUCGCUAUCUCAGUCCUAGACAAUGUUCAUAGAGCAGCUACUUUGGUCACCACAAAGUUACUAAGCACUGUGCUUUAGUAGCUUAAGGUUACCAGGCUUAAUGUCAUGUGAUGCGUAUUGUUAAUGACUGCGGAUUCUUGCUUGGCAGACAAAAAAUCUAAGUAGUAGACUCAUUUAAAAUUAUCGAUAGAAUUUAAUAAGGAAAGAUAAAUCAGAAGAAAAGUAAGGUGAGAUAUUUAUUAGAAAUCGGUGGAUAACAUCUCAAAGAAUUUUUGUGUCAAGCUGUUUAUCUGUAAAUACAUGUACUUCAGAGGAGUCUUCAGUAUUGUACAGUGAAUUUUAGGGUAGUCAAAUAUAUGCAAACAAAUUGCGAACCGAAUCUACAUGUAGCGUUAAAGAGUUGAGAAAGUUUUAAAGAGGCAGGUGCAACAUUAUUACGCUCGUAGUAGAAGCUUGUGUUUGUGGCCUCUUGUCUUCAAGCCAUGAAACUGGGUACCAUACACUGUUGUGUUGGAGCUCAUUCAUCAGAAACUGCAUUUUUCAGAACCUGUCGUUGAUUUCACCAAACUCUUUCUAACUUGGGAUUAAUCUUGGGACUUGGAGCAAGUUUAGUUCUGAACCCAUCCUAAUAUAGGACGAGUUACUUGUCCCAACUGAAGAUACGAUUAAUCCUCGCGUUUGCUAGGCCAAUGAUAGGUCUUCAUUGACCUCAGUGAGGGCGCUGUUUGGGUUUGUGAUGUUAAGCAAGGGGUCUAUUGGAUUGUUUUCCUCUUUUUUUUCUUCUUCUUUUAUAUUUUAUUUUUUUUAAAUGAGUUGAAGUUUUAAAGAGUACGAGGGCUAACUUAAACUCAUGUGCGGAGAGUUGUGCAAAUUUCUUGAUUAUUAUGUUUUUUGUGGUGUGUUUUCGGCUAAGCGGUUUUUAGCAGAGUGCUAUUUCACAUUUUGACUGAUACUGUGAGAAUAGGUGAUUUAUAAGCCGAUAAUAACUUUGGGACAAUUGUGUGGUAGUAAACAUUUUUAAGUUGAAUUAUUUUGUCAUACCUAAGUUAAAAACUCAUCACAAACAAAACUCAUUAUGUUGAUUGCUAGGUUUGUGUACAAAGAGAAAAAAUAUAUAUAAAAAGAGUUAUAAAUAUUAGCGUUACUACACAAUACAUGUACAUAAUUAAACUUGUGUCAGUACUUGCAAGUUACCUGUACUUUAGACUUAAACUCCAGAAGACAAAACUGUUUGCAUUUCGUGUCUGUGUAAUAACCCAGUUUAUGCAGUGGAAGAAUUAAAAAAACUCAACCAAUAAUUAAGAAAUUGUGUGGUUUUUGAUGGUUGAAGCAAAAGAGAACCAAUCUCAAGCAAUGUUUGGGGGUUGUUUUUGAGUUCCUUUUGGGGCAAGCUUUUGCGUAGUUAUGUAAGAAACGUCGAACACCCAAACACUUUUUUGAAUGGAUGUGUAUGCCACAAUGGUACACAGGUUUGCUCAUCUGGAGAUUGCUAAGCAAAGGCUUGCCCAGAACCAUUUGACAUAGCAACUGUCUCUACAGUCUGAGGAAUUAAAAUGUAAGCGGUACAUUGUGACUAAGCAAGUCAUUGUACUUGACACUAUUCAAAUCUAGCUCGCAAAAUGGCUUAUUGGAAUAAGGGGAAAUGAUUUCUUGUGUAAGUUUUGCCCCCAAGUAUGCAAAAUCAGUUUAUUCCAGGCUCUUACAAUCAAAAUACACAUAUGAAGAAGAAAAAAUCAAGUUAAGACCUAAUCAACAGAGAGAGAGAUGUAAUUUGAAAUCAUUGUAUUCAUUGUAACUGGGAAAGUAAAGAAUGGAAUCUCCUCUGGUGAGAGCCUCAACUUAGAAUAACAUUAUGAGAGUCUCUAGAGGGCAGGAUCUAACUUCUUGGAGCUGCUUAGCGACCAAUUUUUGGCUUACUGUGUGUUUUUCAUUUCAUAACAAGAAGGCAUGCUAACCUUCCCGUGCUUACUUUACGAAAAUGAAUGACAUCACAAUCUAUGGUGAAUGCACAAGGUGGAUGCUAAUAACCUGUAAAAUCGCUUACACCUUAGCAAAUUUUUCUGCUUAAGUAAAAUUUGCUUACCAUUGAGUAGCGCUAUAAAAUUAGGCCAAGACAUGUGGACCUUUGAAAAAACUUGAGGCUUUCCCUUUUAAACACACA